UUCGCAACGCUGUGUCUGAAAAAGUUUUUCCUCAAAAGAGAGUUCUAUUUUUCUGCUCGAGUUACUUCUAAUACGAAACUAGCAGUUCCACCUCUGGUUAACAGGGGGGAAUUCCUCGUGACUUUGAGAGCUCCCUGUUCAGCUUUCAGGAAUGGUAGAGUCUGCAACAUUCAGGUUAAAAUGCAAGCAACUUUGCAGUUCAGAUGAAAAGUUGUUAUAGACUUGUUGACGGCCUAGUUAACAAAAAAAAGGAGGCACCCGCCUGAUAGUUUUAGAUUGCGGAGGAUGGUCCCCUCAAUGAGGUUUUACAAAGAUCAGCGGUACACUGUUCUACAAGAAGAAUGCCUUCAAAGCCAGCGGCUGUUUGAAGACCCUCACUUCCCUGCCGCAACCGAGUCGCUGUUUUACACCAAGUCCCCACCCGGGGAGAUUGAGUGGAGACGGCCAAAGGAGCUUUGUGAGUCUCCGCAUCUCUUUGUGGAUGGGAUCAGUUCACACGAUCUGCAUCAGGGCGCUUUGGGGAACUGCUGGUUCGUUGCUGCCUGCUCCUGCUUAGCUGUUCAUGAUGACCAGUGGCAGAAGGUUAUACCAGACUGGAAAAAGCAGGACUGGGAUUCAAAACAUCCGAAUAAUCACGCGGGCAUAUUUCACUUCCGGUUCUGGCGUUUCGGAGAAUGGACCAACGUCGUGAUCGAUGAUCGGCUCCCAACAAUGAAUGGCAGGCUCCUGUUUUGUCAUUCAGACUCCAAGGAAGAGUUCUGGAGCGCACUGUUGGAGAAGGCGUACGCAAAGUUGGCGGGAUGCUAUGAGGCACUGGAUGGAGGGAACGCGGGCGAUGCCAUUGUGGAUUUCAGCGGCGCGGUUGCAGAGACCAUUGACGUGCAUAAGGCCAAAUGUGCGAAGAAAAAAGCCAGCAAUGUGCAGCUGUUUGAGAAGCUGCUGAAGGUGCACAGACGAGGAGGCAUGAUCAGCUGCUCCAUCCACGAGAGAGAGGGCAAGGAAGUGACAGUGAACAAGUUACAUGGACUGAAGGUUGAUCACUCAUAUUCAGUAACCAACAUGCAGAAGGUUCGUCUGGGCAACACAGCGGAAAAACUGUUCAUGAUCAAAAUGAGGAAUCCGUGGGGAAAGGUCGAAUGGACAGACUCGUGGAGUGAUAGUUCACAGGACUGGAAGAAAGUAAACAGAAAGGAACGUGAAAGAAUUGGUGUUGAUGUUAAGAAUGACGGUGAGUUCUGGAUGGCUUUCCGGGACUGGUGCGAAGUCUUCACCAACGUGAUAGCUUGUCGGCUGGUGAACACGUCUCUCUGGAGCGUCAACAAGACCUGGGAUGAAGUGGUACUCGCCGGGGCCUGGAGGCUUCAUGAAGACCCAUCGCUCAACCGCGCUGGGGGAUGCACAAACUACGUGGACACCUUUCUACAAAAUCCACAGUAUGUCUUUGAUGUGAUGAAGGAGGAGGAUGAGGUACUUAUUUCGCUGCAGCAGCGAGACAAACGCAUCCAUCGGAUAGAGGGCAAAGAGAUGAAUCUGACCAUUGGCUUCAACAUCUUCCAGGUGGAACUCAACCGCGAGUACAGACUGCACAGUUUGUUUAAGAAAGUGGCCACGUCAGACUACAUUGCAACAAGAAGUAUUUUCCUACGAAUUGACCUGAACAAAGGGCGUUAUGUCAUUAUCCCGACAACAUUGGAGCCAAAUGCAGAGGGCGACUAUCUGCUGAGAAUCUACACUGACAGAUCCUCCGGAUGCAGGGAGAUGACGCUGGACAAGCCUGAGGUGACGUGUUGGCACGUUGUGCUACGUUACCCGCGUGUUGUCACCCAGCUGCACCUUCACGGGGCGAAGGACCUCCUGAAGCAGGAUUCCUCUGGAGGAGCCAAUCCCUACGCUGUUAUUAAAUGCGAAUUCCACAGGAUACGUACUGCUAUUAUUGAAAACACGCUGAAUCCAGAGUUUGAUUCCAAAGUAAUAUUUCACAGGAGAAUGCCUACUCUUCCAAUAAUUAUUCAGGUUUGGAAUCGUAACACGUUGUGUGACAAGCUGAUAGGUCAGGUGACCCUUGACGGGUCCCAGGAUAACCACGGCUCUCCGCAGAUCCUGCAGAUUCACAACAACGGCGUUCAGGAGGGCCAGACGCCUGGGAGCGUCAGCGUCACUGUCAAGACCAGCAGCGACCUGGCAGCGUUCUGAACCGCGAGCGAUCCAAUGUAACCUACCGCUGAGCUUCAAAGUCAGCCUCCUCAUCUCAACCAGUAGGCCACGGGGAUUUACACAAGACUUUAUCAAAGAAACCCUCAGUGCUAAAAAAAGCACACAAAGUGCUGGAGUAACAGCAGGCCAGACAACAUCUCUAGGGGACUUGUUUCUACUAUUCUCAUAAGUUCUAGGAGCAGAAUUAGGCCAUUCU